UGUUGAUUAUAUUUUCUAACCUAUUUUCUGAAGAAACAUCAAGAUCAGACGUAUUACAAAUUUGGUAAUAAGUCGUAAGAAAAGUUGAUUUCAGGAAACGUCACUGCUUUAUAUUUUCUUCUAGGACUUGAAAAAAAAUUAAGCACAAUGGGAGAACGGAAGGGAACAAAUUUGUACUAUCCACCGGACUAUGAUCCUCGUGCUGGUGGUCUCAAUAAAUUCCUGGGUACUCACGCAUUGCGUGAACGAGCCCGUAAACUCCACAUGGGUAUCUUGAUCAUACGAUUUGAAAUGCCAUACAAUAUAUGGUGCAAUGGAUGUGGGAAUCAUAUUGGCAUGGGUGUUCGAUAUAAUGCAGAGAAGAAGAAGAUUGGAAUGUAUUACAGUACGCCACUUUAUCAGUUUCGCAUGAAGUGUCAUCUCUGCGAUAAUCACUUUGAAAUUAAAACUGAUCCUGCUAAUUUGGACUAUGUCAUAGUAAGUGGUGCAAGGCGUCAAGAAAAUCGAUGGGACCCUAAGCAGAAUGAACAGGUUGUGCCGGAGACAAAAGAAGUAUCUUGCAGAUUAUAUGACGACGCAAUGUACAAAUUGGAGCAUGGUAUAGAUGAUAAAAAAGUAGCCAAAUCUCGAGAUUCAGCAUUGGAAGGUGCUAUAGCUUUGAAUGAAAGUAUUUGGAAAGAUGACUACAGUUCAAAUUGUGCAGUGAGAACUUUAUUUCGGGAAAGGAAACAGGAACUCAAAAAGAAACAAGCUAAAGAUCAUGCUUUAUUAAAAAAAACUGGACUAGAUAUUGACAUAGUAAAUGAACACGAGGAUGACAUUAAAUUAGCCAAAUUACUCAUUCCUAAAAGAGAUGCAAGGAAAAAAACAGGCACGGCAUUGAAACAAUUAGUCUCGAUUGUACUCAAAAAUAAAAAAAAGAUAUCUUCGAGUAACCGAUUAAAACUUCAAAAUCAAGAAUCGCCAAAAGUACAGGAAGUAAUAGGUAAGGCUACUACGUCAAAAGUCAAUGAUUCAAGCACAUCUUUAGUAAAUUAUGAUAGUUCUAGUAGUGACAGUAACACUUAGUACUUUAAAUACUUUAUAUAUUUAUCAUGAGAGCACAAUACAUAUAUAUAUAUAUAUAUAUAUAUUUGUUAAUAAAAUGCUAUGAAAGCAUUAUCUUAA